AUGCAUCCAAUCGUGCACCACCCGGUCGUGACGAAGUUGUCGGAUCUAUUCGAGAAUUCAAAUCUCACUACUCGGCUCGCCUCCACACUGGCCUCUGUCAGUCCGUACGAUGAAAGUCUUUGCUUGCGUAUUGACGCGGUAGUAUGCACUUCGGAUAAUAUUAAGUCGAAUAUCACAACGGGAAAUGAUAAGUCGCUACCCCUGGGAUGGUUGAGCGUAGAAAAGAAUCAGAAUAUGACUACGACGCCGAGCCAGGUUACCUUGCGGAAUUUCCCAGGAUCGUUAAAAUGUGACCUACCGUUCGACCAGGGGAACACAGUGAACUCCCAGCCGAUGUCUAAUGAUGGCUUUGACAAUCCCAAACAUGUCACCGUCAGUGGACUACGGCCGUCAAAGUCAUCUCCCAUGACAAUGGCGACAGAGGGCUCAGAGUCAGAUAGUGAUACAGGAGCCGAUAAUCGUCUGCCUCUGCCCAAAACCAGAAUUGAACCAUCAGUUCGGCAAUUCCACAGCGAUACCCGCUUUCCUCAGCGCAAAAAGCACAAGAAGGACACAGCUACUCCCACUUUACAGCCUUCUUCUAUAGAUAAAUUUAUAGCCGGAAUCUGGCGACAGGUACAUUCUCCAGUCACACUGAGUGUCUCGUUUCCGGACCGUACACCAGAAUUCAGCAUCCGAACUGGUGUUAGUCAAACGGUUUUUCAGGCAGUCAAUGGUCUGUGCAAGAAAUACUAUGACCAAAGUCAAUCAUCGCGGGCUCUGGAAAUGAUAGUGCAAGCUUAUUGGGUAGAAUGCUACGAAGCACGAAUUGCAUCUAUCCGUCUCGAGUAUCCAAGCUAUACGAACGCCGAAGCUCGAAUGGCAGCUCUGAAAGAAGCUUGCACCACAUUAACGUGGCAUGAAAAGGAGCUCAGAAACCGGAUGGCGAUUUGGAGUGGCUACAAAAAGAUCAAAGAUUCCGGGGGCUGGGCUAGUCUAAUAUUUGCUGGUUCCGGUAUUUACCGUAUCUGCAAAUAUAGGAUAGGCUUCGAUAACGGACUCAUCCCUCGGCUGCACCACAUCGCUUCUAGCCUUGAAGUCGCCGCAGAUACUCUUCACCCUGGUUGGCGAGACCUUCUUCGAGUGAUUUGCCAGAAUGGGCCCUGUCGAUACUCCGGCCACCCUCAUGAAUGGGUCACGGUAGAGACUGGGCCAGCAUUGCCGCUGAGAGCCACAUACUCCCACCUGACAUUACCGAACGGCUUCAGUUAUCAGUUCGUGGACGACUGCGUGAUUGAUGAAAACGUCUUCGGUGGAGAUGACCCUCGACGCGGGUUGCAAAUCGAUCCAGAUAUUUGUCAACUAUGCCAGGAAAAACAGACGGACGAUGUGGUCUCCAACCACUGUUCUUGUUUUUCAACUCUGUUUGGUGGUGUUCGUUAUCCACCUCCUGUCCAGUUGUAUAGCACGGCCAGUGGAAAGAAUAAUGGGGUGAUCGCCCGUUGUAAGGGAUUCGACAGAGGCGUAGCUAUUGCCGAGUUUGUCGGUAUCGUCACUCGAGGGAUUGACGGCCUAGACGUCAUGAUGGGCGGAACCCCAGACCAACCCUAUCAGAUUUUCCAGGGCCAAAUGGGCAAUUUUACUCGCUUUAUCAAUCACUCAUGUCGGCCCAACAGUCAGUUCCAGAAGUUCUAUUGGCGUGGGGUAGAACGUAUACUAGUGGUAUCUCGCGGAGUGGCAUCUGGGAGUGAAAUUACGGUUGAUUAUUCGGACUCCUACUGGAAAAAGCUCAGGAAAAAUUGUUUAUGUGGGGAGACAGGCUGC